AAUAAAUGAUGAUAUUUGACCUAAUUAUAUGACCAGCACAUGUAAAUGUCCUCCAUUUAUAGUCGUGAUUAACCCUUCCCCCGCAGAGUGGCGCCAUUUUCCCAUAUUUGUGUGUGGUCUGAAAUGUAGCCUGCAAGUGGGAUGAACUUGAACCCUAAAUUAACCUACUGCCCCAGGUAGACAUAUCUUGAUCUUGAUAUUUGCAUGCUGAAAUACAAAUAUCAUCACAUUAGAAUCAUUUUAAGAGAUAUGCAAAAUUUGGAACAAUGAUCAUCAGUGAAUAUGUUUCUGGUUCAGUGUUAUUGACAUGAUCUGCAAUGUGCUAUGCAUCUUCGAAACAAUAAAGUACUUGAUUCGACAUGCUGUUUUGAAAGGCAAAUUUGGCUCGAUCUUCGCUGCAGGUUCAGAUCAUUAAACAACAUUGUCUCAAGCAUCCAAAUGGGACAUAAAUCAAAAUUUGAAUUUGCAUAAAAGUUCAAAAGCACAGAUAAGACCCUUAUCUAAUAGAGAGUCUCUGUGUAGGUGAAGUGAUGUACUGAUGUUGGAGUCAUGAUAACCUGACAUGACCAGUCCUUAAGAGAUACUGACCGAUCUCCAUUUGAAUAUGCAUUGUUUUGAGUAAGAAUAUGCAUCUAAUUUGAGUUGCAAAAGUCUUAAAUUUGCCUUAUUUCAGCCUAAUUAUGCUACUGCCUACUUGGCUCACCUUGGAACAGAUAGUUCAAAAACCACACCUCUGUAAAUCAGGUGCAUAAUGAUUUCACACUGAUACUGUGUCGUUCUUCAGAUGUUCCAGCCAUGAGACUGUACAUCACUCUGGGUCUCAUCGCUGUUUCUUUCUCUGCAGUUUUUGCACUGAGAUGCCACCAGUGCAAAUACAAAUACAAUUCAUCUGAAGAAUGCAGGCAAAAUCUAACAAAAUGUCCUCUUCAGUGUGGCUCUAUCACCAUUUACAACAAUGGCAGUACAUUAGAUAGAAGUGAGAAGAACUGCACUGAUCCUGCCGUGUGUGUUACUGAUGCCAUACAUUUUGGACAAAACAAAAUGACUUUUAAUCCCCAAUGCUGUGACACAGACCUCUGCAACACUGAAGAGGCACCAGCAUUGCUGCGAUAUUUCAAUGGGAUGAUGUGUUACACCUGUGACAUGUUCAAUAAAGACUGCUCAAAAAUUGUGACAUGUUCAGGUGACCAGAACAAGUGCUUCAGUUCAAAAGUUAACAUAAUUGACAUGAAAACAAAAGGAUGUGCAAGUGAUACUUUAUGUGAGAACAAUCUAUUAAAUACCCUGGGGUCUAUAUCUGGCACUUACAAAUGCUGCGAGGGAAUCCUGUGUAACAGCGGUCAGAGCUUGAAAAAAAGUCUCUUUCCGCUGCUGGUGCCACUUCUCUCCCUUCUUUUCCUCUGAGAUGUGUCCUGUUUUUGGUUCUCUGGACUUUUUGUGCUUUAUCAACAUACAGUAAGACAUAUGAAGUAUGUAGCUACAUAAUCAUGAAUCAUGUUGGUGCCACUUCUCUUUUGUGUUCUGGUUUUGGUAGUGUUGUAGUUCUCGAGACCGGUCUUAAGACCAUUUUUUUGAAGGUCUUGGUCUAAGACUAAAAGGACUCAGGAUUUUAUUUCAAGACCGGUCAAGACCACAACUGCAGGGAUGUGGCUAAAUUGCCAUUGCAUUGUCUGAUUUCUUUGUUAACAUCAUUAAUUUGACUGGAUGUAAAACUUCCCGCUUCAAAUGCAAUCAAUAACUUAUUUCUAAUUUCAUUUAUUUUGUUACUGUUGUGCCGGGUCAGAAAUCAACAAGGGAUUGUGCCAAAAAUGUCACCAAAAUUAAUAAAAAUGGCCACAAAAUUCAA